CGGCCCAUUCGCGGGAUGGGGGGCGCCGGGGGUUCUGCCCUCGUCGCGGAGCUGAAGGUCGCCGGGCGCGCGCAGCCCCGCGCACGAGGGCGCCCCCCGCGCGCGUGGUACGGCCCGGCCCGCCCCCGCCGCGCUGCCAUUGGCCGCGCCCGCGCGACUGACAGCCCCGAGCGGCCCGUGGCGCCACCGCCCCCCGAUUCCGCGGCUGGGGGGCGUGGCCAAUCGCGAUGCCACGCCCCCCGCGCCUUCCCAUUGGCCUCGGGGAGGGACGGCGGGGGCGGGGCGCGCAGCGCGCGUGCGCGGGGCGGGGCGGCGCGCGCGCGUAUAUAUAAGUCGCGGGAGCGGGCGGGGAAAGGCAGUCGGGAGCGGGCGGCGGUGGCGGCGGGCGAAGGGCGCGGGGGAAGGGGGGACGGUUGCGGCGCGUGCCAUGCGCGCGGGGGGGCGGGCCCGGCGGCGUUAACCCCUCAGCGGCCGGUAGAGGCGGCAGGAGCGGUGGUGACCCCCGGGGCCUCGGCCCCAGGGCAUGGCCUGAGGGCGCGGGGGGAGCGGCCCCAUGCGGCGCGGGUAGCGCCGGGCCCCCGGGGAGCGGAGCCGAGAGCGAUGGCAGAGCCGGAGCCUCGCAGCGAGCCCGAGUCCCGGUGCGAACCGGAGCCUCGCAGAGAGCACGGGUCCCGGGCUGAGCUCCAGAGUCCCGAACCGGAGCUUCGCGGCGAGCCCGAGCCCCGGCGCGAGCCGGAGUCCUGCAACGAGCCCGAGUCCCGGUGCGAACCGGAUCCCCGGAGCCAGCCCGAAGCGGAGCCCGAUGAGCAGGCCGAGCCCCCGGCGGAGCCCGAGCGGCUGCCGCCCCCCGGUGCCGAGGAGGCGUCGGGGCGGCCGGGCGGAGCGGGGCGCCCCGGGCUGGGCCCGCGGUACCGGCCGCCGGCGGGAGGCGGGGGUCGCCCCGAGGAGUGGCCGGUGAAGAAGAAGCACCGUCGGCGUCCGUCGAAGAAGAAGCGGCGCUGGAAGCCGUACUCGAAGCUAAGUUGGGAGGAGAAGCAGCAGUUCGACGAGAGGCAGAGCCUGCGCGCGUCCCGGCUGCGGGCGGAGAUGUUCGCCAAGGGGCAGCCGGUGGCCCCGUACAACACCACGCAGUUCCUGAUGGAGGACCACGACCAGGAGGAGCCCGACUUGAAGACCGGGCUGUACCCGCGGCGGGCGGCCGCCAAGUCGGACACGAGCGAGGAGGAUUUCCUGGAGGAGGCGGCGGACGAGGACGGGGGCAGCGACGGGAUGGGGGGAGACGGGAGCGAAUUCCUGCAGCGGGACUUCUCGGAGACCUACGAGCGGUACCAUGUGGAGAGUCUGCAGAACAUGAGCAAACAGGAGCUGGUCAAGGAGUACCUGGAGCUGGAGAAGUGCCUGUCCCGCAUGGAGGAGGAGAACAACCGGCUGCGGCUGGAGAGCAAGAAGCACGGGGGGGAGGCGGAGGCGGCGCGGGUGCGGCAGCUGGAGCUGGAGGUGGACAGGCUGCGAGCCGAGAACCUGCGGCUGCUGCGGGAGCGGGACCGGCCCGGGGCGGCCGAGUGAGGGGGUGCCGCCGGGACCCCCCCCCUUUUGGGGAGGGGACGCGGCUGGGAUCCCCCUUUUGGGGAGUGGGAGGGGAGUGCCCCAAGUGACCCGGGAGGGGUUGGGAUAGGGGAAUGGGGAGGAGCACAGCCUGG